AUGGUAGCCAACGCUCUAUGGGGAUGGCUGAAGAGAUGGAAAGAGGCGAACUGGCAGCGCAGAGGGAAACCAAUUUGGGCUGCGGAAGAGUGGAAAGAUAUCGCUACUCGGUUAGAGAAGUUACCUGUGAAGGUUCGCCAUGUAGAUGCCCAUGUCCCCAGAAGUAGAGCUAAUGAAGAGCAGCAAAACAACCAGCAAGUACAUCAGGCUGCAAAGAUAGGGGAGUUGAAGAUAGAUCUCGACUGGGAGCAUAAGGGAGAGUUAUUCUUAGCACGAUGGGCCCAUGAUGCCUCAGGCCACCAGGGUAGAGAUGCCACCUAUAAGUGGGCACGAGACCGAGGGGUGGAUCUAACAAUGGACAGUAUCUCUCAGGUUAUUCGUGACUGUGAGACAUGCGCUGCCAUUAAGCAGGCCAAGCGGGUGAAGCCCCUCUGGUAUGGGGGGCGGUGGUCUAAGUACAAGUACAAGGAGACCUGGCAGAUUAAUUACAUCACACUGCCUCAAACCCGCCAAGGCAAGCGCUAUGUACUAACCAUGGUAGAAGCCACCACGGGAUGGUUGGAAACCUACCCUGUGUCUCAUGCUACAGCCCAUAACACUAUCUUGGGCCUUGAAAAGCAGGUCCUUUGGAGGCACGGUACUCCCGAGAGAAUUGAGUCGGAUAAUGGAACUCAUUUUAAAAACAAUCUUAUUAAUACUUGGGCUAGGGAACAUGGCAUCGAGUGGGUGUACCAUAUCCCCUAUCAUGCACCAGCUGCAGGGAAAGUGGAAAGGUACAAUGGAUUGUUAAAAACCACCUUAAAAGCAUUGGGUGGGGGGUCUUUAAAAAACUGGAAGCAGCAUUUGGCAAAGGCUACCUGGUUAGUUAACACUCGAGGUUCCACCAACCGAGCGGAUCCUGCUCAGUCUGAGCUUCUUAACAUAGUAGAUGGGGAUAAAGCCCCAGUAGCCCAUGUCAAAAAGGAGGAAUUAUUUAGUAAUUUAUCCAUAUUCAAUGAAACAUGUGUGAGAUGGCAAAGGAAAACUGGAAGACUGGGAGUGCAGGAAACAUACACAUUUCAUAUACUGGGCCAAAGAUUGGAUGAGAAGAUAUUCUCAGAAGAUGUGAUAUUUAACAUCAGUACAAGUGAAGAUAAUCCAAAGGUGUGUUUAGAUCUGGACUCUGGAAGUAACUACAUGGUGAAUAUAACCACCAUUUCUUCUACAAACAUCACUGUCUCAGUUACAGUAGCAAUUCAGACAAAGGUAAAGGAAGCUUUCAAUAAUGUAUUAGUUUUUAAUGAUACCUGCUUGAAAUGGAGGAGAAAUGUCAGGGGAACUGAUGUGGAAGACAAAUACUCAUUUCAUGUGCAAGGCCAGCGUUGGUAUCAGAAGAACUUCCUUCAUGAAAUGACCUUUGAACUUUCCACACAUAAGCAAGCCCCUGAAGUUUGUUUAGAUUUGCAACCAGGCACCAAUUACUCUAUUAAUAUUUCCAUGGUAGCUUUGAAUUUUUCACUGCUUGUUUCCAUGACAACACAAAUUACAGAUCCCCCCUUUCCAGAAGUAGAAUUUGUUGCAGUUAAAGGUUCUGCACCUUUGCUCAGACUCCGGAAAGCAGAAGAUCAAAAUGGACCAAUCAGUCUUUAUCAAGUGAUUGUGCUUCCUCUGGAUUUGCAAAGCACUUUUAUUUGUGACUCCUUUGCUGCUACAACUUUCUUUAGUAACACCACUGACAUUAAAGGAUAUGUGGCAGCUGAAUUUCGGGCAAAGGAUGUUACUGAUAAUAUGUCAAUUGCUCUUGGAGACAGACAUUAUUAUGGGAAGUUUUAUAAUGCUCCAUUAAAGCUGGGAGAAGAGUAUUGUGUUUUCUUGAAAAUAAUAAGUGAGUGGAAUAAGGUAAGAAGACAGUCCUGUGCUGUUUGGGCACAAAUUAAAAAUGUAUCACCCACUCUGCAAUACAUGACGGCUGUUGGAUUAGGGUCAGUGGCUGCUGUCUGCCUUAUAUUGUUCCUGUCAUUCUCCGUGGCACGGUCUUGUCUUCACAACUCAGUGCAUCCCCCACCUGCUGCUGUAGCCUGCGAGGCUGUGCACUUAUCUACUACAGUAGAUGUGGCACAAGCAGGGAUUGCAUCAUCAUUCCUAGAGACUGAAAGUGUCUCUCUUCUCUGAUGGUUUAUUCCCUGAAGUCAACGUAGAAAAAAGCGCGCUCUUCUUUCAAAGCCAGCAUGUGUCUGGUAUCUGCAUGUCACAUAUGUACUACAGCGUGGACAGUUUAAAUGUGUUUGUCACUGGAGUGAGACGUUUAUUGUCUUGCCUAAUUCCGGGUGGUGUGGUGUAUAAAGAAGAACCUUCCCUUACAAGCAGGUUAUCAUGCAUCCCAUGUGUUGGUCACAGUCUUUCAGCUAUUCCAGAUGCAUGAGCGCCUGAUAAUGAGUGCUUGUAUUGUACUUGAUUACAUGAAUAAUCCCCUGAUCCAGCGGAGACUGUUUGAGGAUUAAGUGCUACUUUAGAUACCUUUGCACACAUGAACUGGCCUAUUAGGAGCAAAAGUACAGACCUACCCUUAUGCGAGAUAAAGUGCCUAUUGUACUUCCACUUAUAAAGGUAGAACACUUCUGUCAGUCACUUACAAGUAAUGAUACAUCAGUAGCAUGUACACUUGUUAGCCAUGAAGUUGCCACAUUCAAGCAGUGUCAGCAACUGAUGUGUUCCAAAGAUAUUGCAACCAUUGCUCAUAGCAAUUAGCAGUAAUUGCAAAAAAUAUGCCAAUCUAUAAAACUGCAGUUUGCUCAAAAGCUGCUUGCUUUAAUGGCAGGUGAAACUAAUUUAAGGAAGGACCUUCCUGUGUUAAGUGCAGUUUUGUUAAUCUCUGUUCUAUAAUUACAGCUGAGUAAAGCCAUUAAAUCAUUGUCUAGGUAAUUGGCUGGUGUGUAACAUCUGGUUAGAGUCACUUAAUAAAGUACAAUUUAACCAAUUUCUUUUGGCAUACUCCCAGUUAAUAAAUUUUCUUUCUUCUGUAUGAAAGAAUCAAGUGGCUUUGAUUACUUCCACACCCCUUCAGAAGUUGCUUUGUUAUAUGUUAGUAAGAAAAAUGUUAACUGGUGAAAUAAAAAAGCAGGAAUUUUGGUUUUGUGAUUUUUUUUCCUAAGUUAUGUUUUGUGUUUUACCACUUUAAAUAUAUGCUGCACAUUUUUGGAAUUGUUAAUUUCUGAAUUACUAAGAUUCUGAUGCCUACUGCUCUUACAAUUUUAGAUGUUCUGUCUCUCUAUAACAUGUAAUUAGGGUCUUUUUGGAUUUAAAGUACAACAGCAGAUUUCAUAGUUAGAAGCAAAGAGGAGUUACACCCAAAAAGAGUUUUCAAUUGCUGCAUGCAGCUAAGAGUACUUUUUCCAGGUCUGGGCAGAUACCAUUUCUGUU